AUGGGAGUGGUGGAAAAGAUGUCUGAGAAUCUUGAAUCUACAGAGGCCAAGAGAGAUAGCCUCAGGAAAUCAAUUAUGAUGGUUAUGCUGGAUUGCAGGGAUUUUGAGAAGCAUCUGGAGACAUCCCAAAAGUGUUUGAUAGAAUGCCUGAGUGAACUUGAGUCCAGGGAGAAGCACUUGGACUCUGUUCGGGACUCGUUGAGCCAGAAUUUUGAAGAGUUGGGGUUGAAAGUUAAGGAAGUUGAGGAUAAAGAGAAGGAUUUGAUUUUGUUGCAACAGAAAGGGAUGGAGGAGUUGGAGUUGAAAGAGAAGGAGUGGGCUUUGAAAAAGGAGGAGUUUGAUGAGGAGUUUAGGAAGAGAGAAGUGAAAUUGAGUGAGAAAGAGAAGGCCGCAGAAGGGCUUUUUGGGAAGUUGGAGAAUGAGAAGAAUGAGACAGUCGCGCUGGAGAUAUUGAUGGAGGAGAGGCUUAGGGAGUUGUGGUUGAAAGAGGAGGGUCUUGAGCAGUGGAGCAAAGAAAUUGAGAAGAGAGAGAGUGAGCUUGAUGAGAGGGAGAAAAAUGUUAUGGAAUGCGAAAAAAGAGUUGGUUCCGAGGAGUUGGCUGCGAUGAGGGUGGAGCGCGAAAGGGAAAUUGAGAUGAAGGAGAAAGAGGUGAGAUUAAUGAGAGAGGAUCUUGAGUUUAAGGAGAAAGCGAUUGAGUUUGAACGAGCGGUAAACGAAAAGCGACAAAAAGAACUAGAUAUACGGGAGAAGCAAUUGGAAGAGAGAGAGAAACAAUAUGAGAUUACACAAAAGUGUUUGCAGGAGGUUCAUUUGAAAGAGAAGGAAUGCCUAUUGGAAAAGGAGCUGCUCCAAAAGGGAAGUAAAGAAUUGGAAGUGAAAAGGAAAGAACUUGAGGAUAGGAUUAAGGGCAUAAAAGAACUUGAAAUGAGGGAGAAGCAAUUGGAAAAGAAAGAAGAAGAAGUUGAAGUCAGGGAGAGGCAAUUAAAAAGGAAAAGGGAAGAAGUUGAGGUGAUGGAGAAGCAACUGGGAAAGAAAAAGAAAGAGGAAUACCAACUGGAAAAAGAGUUACUCGAAAAAGGAAAUAGAGAAUUGGAACUGAAAAAGAAGGAAUUUGAGGAUAGGAUUAAGGAAUAUGAUUUGAGGGAAAAAGAGCUUGAAUUGAAAGAGGAAAAACUUGCUGAUAAACUUCAUGCUUGUCUGAAGACAAAUCCAGUUGAAACGGUAGUUGAUGAGAGAGCUAUCAGUAACUCCACUUCUCGUCAAUUUACAUUUGCUGUGGAGUUGGAUCAGCUGGAUAUCCGUAUGUUUCUAAAUGAGCGUGAAGUGAACCUUGAGUCACCAGAUGAAGUUUUUAAGGAUCUUCAAUCAUCCGGAGACCCUGUAUACUUUGUACUAACUGCAGUGGAGGCACUUUACCCUCCCUAUUUGAGGAAGGUGGAUAUGGUGUUUGAGGGAAGGGUUGCCAGUUGUUGUAUCCUUUUGUUAGAGCAGCUACUUAGACUUUCCCCACAGAUUCAACCUUCUGCAAAAAGUGGAGCAUUGAAACUUGCUAGUGAAUGGAAGGCAAUUAUUGAAACUGGAAAUGUAUUGGAGGUCUUGGGCUUCUUGUAUCUUUUGGCGUCCUUUGACUUGGCUUCUGCAUUUGACGUAAAGGAGGUCAUGAACUUUUUAGAGAUUGUUGCUCAGAAUCAGAAGACACCUGAAUUGUGUCGUCUUCUUGGUUUGACAGAUAAAAUCCCUGGCUUUAUCAUGGAUCUCACUAAAAAGAAGCGGUAUCUUCUUGCAUUUGAAUAUGUUUAUGAGUUCAAUCUGGUUGAUAAAAUU